AAACGGCCCCGACAUGAAUUAGGCGGCGGGCUGCAGAGGGGAGGGCCCCCUCGCCCGCCCUUCCCGCACGGCGCCCGGCGGGAGCAGCGCCGCCCCGCACGGAGCCGGCGGUCGGGGCACACACGCACACGCGGCGCAGGCGGGCGGCGGGGGCGGGCCGGCCGGGGGGGCCGGCAGAUGAAGAUGGCAAUGUCUGUGAUCCAAGCGUGCCGCAGCCUGGCUCUCUCAACAUGGCUGCUGUCCUUUUGUUUCGUGCAUCUGCUGUGCCUGGACUUCACCGUGGCCGAGAAGGAGGAGUGGUACACGGCCUUCGUCAACAUCACCUAUGCCGACCCGGCGGGCGGCGGCGCCGAGCUCCGCAGCGAGAAGAGCGAGUGCGGGCGCUACGGCGACCAGUCGCCCAAGCAGGACGCCCGCGGGCAGGUGGCCCUCUCCGCUUCGCCCGCCGACCGCUACGCCUGCGACCCCGGCACCCGCUUCAACGCCCCGGCGCCGGGCAAGAGCUGGGUGGCCCUCAUCCCGCGGGGGAACUGCACCUACAAGGACAAGAUCCGCCACGCUGCCGCUCAGAACGCCUCCGCCGUCGUCAUUUACAACAUGGGCUCCAGCAACGCCAACGAGACCGUCACCAUGCCCUACGCAGGCCUCGAUGAUGUUGUAGCAAUAAUGAUUCCUGAACCAAAAGGAAAAGAGAUAGUGAGCCUCCUGGAGAGGAACAUCACUGUGAUGAUGUAUAUAACUAUUGGGACACGAAACCUGCAGAAGUACGUCAGCCGGACCUCCGUGGUGUUUGUCUCCAUCUCCUUCAUUGUGCUGAUGAUCAUCUCACUGGCAUGGCUGGUCUUCUAUUACAUCCAGCGAUUCCGCUACGCAAAUGCCAGGGACAGGAAUCAGCGCCGGCUUGGAGAUGCUGCAAAGAAAGCAAUCAGCAAGCUGCAAGUCAGAACAAUCAGGAAAGGUGAUAAGGAAACUGAAGCAGACUUUGAUAACUGUGCUGUUUGUAUUGAAGGCUACAAACCCAACGAUGUUGUCAGAAUUUUACCUUGCAGGCAUCUUUUUCACAAGUCCUGUGUAGACCCCUGGCUGCUAGACCAUCGUACCUGCCCUAUGUGUAAAAUGAAUAUUUUAAAAGCUCUAGGGAUCCCGCCCAACGCAGAUUGUAUGGACGAUAUACCUCCAGACUUGGAAGCCUCCAUAGGAGGACCACCAACCAACCAGAUAACAGGAGCCAGCGAUAUUACAGUGAACGAGAGCUCUGUAGCCCUGGAUCCCCCGGUGCGGACUGUGGGAGUACUACAAGUAAUCCAAGACGUAGACUCCUUUCCCCAGGCUGGGGAGGGUAACUUCACAACAAGCAAUGAACAGGAGCCAGCUGUCAGCAGCGAUUCAGAUAUUUCAUUGAUUAUGGCAAUGGAGGUUGGACUGUCCGAUGUGGAGCUUUCCACUGACCAAGAUUGCGAAGAGGUGAAGUCUUGAAAAACAAACAGAUCUCUGAGACUAAACUACAGGGGAGGGCCACAGGGAGGGACCGAGUCGACCUUGUAGGAUUUGGACCAGUCACGCACUUGCCUCCAGAGCACUGUCACUCCUGCACACUCCAUUCUGAGAUGGUCACGAAAAGCAAUAGCAACAGUUGUGUCUGCCUGGACGCAGUUCCAUCGUCUACGUACAUUCGUAAUGUUCACAUGGGAGAUGAAUGCUUCCAGUUUGCCCACGUGCUUGAGAGCAGCCAUGUAACUCUUGAGUGGCUCAUAAAUACGCAACUGAAAUGACAGCUUGAGUGUUUUCUACACUUGUUCAAUUGCGUUUUUGUUGGUUUUUUUUUUUUUUAAGAGGUAUGUUUGUUAUGUUUGUUUGUUUGUUUAUAGUUUGUUAUGAAUAGACAUUCUUUUUGUUGACUGACCCCCAGCUUUUUCAAGAGUUCAGUCCAAAAACCUCAAUUCCCCGUUCACUGGUCACUUAAUGAUCCCACUCCAGGAUCUAUCAUUGCCUGUUAUUACUUCAUGAAGUACACGUGGCUUCAGAGGCAUGGUGCACCAGCAUCCUGUGUAAAUGUGAAACUUGCUUGCAUUAAGUGGAGCCUGGGAGAUGUUGUAAUCUGAAGGUCUUUAUUUGUAGGAGAGCUCUGUAUUAACAAAGACUGCUGAGAUUUGGUUCAAAACAGCAUUAUUCUGGCUUCUUCGUACAGCUGUCUUUGAGACAAGUAUGAUACAGAGUUGAGGGAGAGAAAGAAGUGACUUGUAGUCCUUUGCUGCAUUGUAUGCUGUUAGUACAGUAUGUUAGUAUGUACUACAUGUUAGUAUGUACUUACUUCCUUGCUUAUAUAUAUGUAUUCCAAACCAUUCUGGGUAGAGAGGAAGGAAUCUGAAAAUUAACAGAAGUAACCCAAAUCAAAACAUCCAAAUAAGAAUCAUUUGUGGUUUAAUCCAUCCUUAACUGCGCUUGCAGAGAAAAGCUUAUGAUGACUUGUUCAAUGUAAAAUUUCAUUUUUCAGUCAAAAUAUUCAACUGUGAAAAAGCAUUCUUAGCUUCCUGUUUUACAAGAGUAAAGGGUUUCUGUUGACAGUCAGAUGAUUUGAAUCACAUUACUGCCUCCUGAGUAAGUCAGCAGAAUCAACGAUUCAUCUUACAUUGGAAUUUCAUGGAGAGGUCAAACAUUUUCACUUGUAUCACUGCAGCAUCUCUAAACACAACCAUUUGGGUUCCUUGCUAUAUUUAAACUUCCUUUUAGAUUUGCUCAGCUGAGGAAAACAGCUCCCACCCGAAAUUCAGCUUGUCAGAUUUUAUUCAGCAACAAAUGUGUUUAGAACUGUACCCAAAGUUCUGGACAGCUUGCUUUUUUAUUGUGGGGAGAAGGAAGAUUUAUACUCCGUUCUUUGGGUUCAAUAAGAAUUCAGUUUGUUUUAUGGCUUUUUUCUUUUUUUUAAUGUUUUUAGCCUGUAAGUUGUAGGGUAUGUUUGAGGCUUGAAAACCAUGAUCCAGAUAUGUGCCCUGAUGUUUUUAUAAGCCAUUCAAAUGAACAUCUCUCCUUAAUUAAUGAAAUGCAAGCAGUUUGGAAUCUGUUUCAUUUGAAAAGGACGUUAGAGAUUGUUAGGGAGCAUGCAGCUGAGUCACUCUUGCCAAUAUUUGUGACCCUAUUCCCUGCCACUAGGGGUAAUGCUGCCACUGUCAGGGGCAUUUCUGCUUAAAUUCACCCCUUCACAAUAGAGUUUACACCAAGUACCACAUCAGCCCCACUUAAGCUCUGAAUAUAGUGCUGAAAUGAGAUACAGGUGGUGCUUACACCUCCUAUUGGCCCUUUACACAGUAGUGAAAUGUCACCGUUGACUGUAGGGGGAAGGCAGAAGCUGGUUAUACACAGACAGGUCUCCCAGUGGGAAGUACAGAUGCUGGUAUAUUAUUUUCUGUAGUACUGGAUCCUGGGUGCUUCAUGUCACAGAGCAUCAUAACACGAUGUCCGAGUUGUCAAUGGUCCUUUCACAGCUGCCUGCUGCAGCCCAGCACACAGACAAAGCCCUUGACUGAAUUGCUGGAGUAGCUGCCACAAAGUCUUUUUUGCCAGAGGAAUUAAGCUAAUGGACAAACUGACUGAUUAUCUGUUGCUAUAAUGGAGUACCCCGCAGUACAGCACAGCAAAUGAGGUCUGUGUUUGCACCAGAGGCUGUAAAAAAGGCAAGGCAGGAGAUGGAGCCUCCAGUUAAUGGUGAAGGGGGUCGUUUGCCUGGCAAAAUCAUUAAGGGAGCUAUGCUGAAUGCAGCAGCACAUCAUAACUGAGCCCCUGCCCUUAUCACUAGGAGCAGUAAUACUUCUCCUGAGUACCCCAUCCUAGAUCCAGUCCCUUGGCAUCUAGGGCUGGCCACCAUCAGGGGCAGAGUGCUUGGCUGGGUACAGUGUUUUUAUGUCUCAUCAUAUUCUGGUCUUUCAAAAGAGUGGUCCUAGCUCAUCUGGGCCGGGAGCAUUUUGGCUUUUGUUUUCCAAAUUCUACCUGCAGUUCUGCUCAGGAAAGAUUUUUCUCCAUAUCUCUCUUGCAGUGUUGCAUAGCUCUGAGUGCUGUGAAGUGAUCUCUAGUGCAGAGGCAGGUCACACCUCACUGAAGGCAGAACUUAGGAAAGCAUUUACGUAGAUGUUCUAAUCCGUCCUUGUUCAGAAAAGCACUUAUGGUUAAUUUUGGGCUUGCACGGAAAUGACAUUAUUUUGAACAGGUCCUCUAUGAACAUAUUUAAACCCCUGUGUCAAAUGGAAAUGUUUUCCUAAAGUAGGACCUGGCUGCCAGUGUUUUUUGUACAUAUGACCUGUGGAUGCCUUGGGAAUUUGAGGUGCUUCAGAAAUAUUAAGACCUCAGAGGUUUGUUUGUAACAGAUGAAAGCCUUAAUUCUGCAGAUCUGCGUGCCCGUGCACAGUUUUGCCUGUGUGAAUCUCUCCACUGUGAUUCUUCACAGGGUAAAAUUAAACCUCUUCGUUGGCACAUUUGGGCAAAAUUAUUCCCUUCCUGAGAGCGUUUGGCAAUUUCUCAGUACUGCUGCCUGCCAGCCCGGCAUUAAGCAGGUGGGAUUCAGCUGCCAGGGGCACAGCACUACCUGUUCAGAACAGAGAGCAGCCUUUGGCCUGCAGCGAUGGAGAAACAAAAUCCUCAGGUGCCCUCUUACAAAGAGUGCUCAAGAAUGUAGUUCUGCACACCUGCACAGCAUGGCUUUACUGCUACUGAAUCCUUUCCUCAGCUCAGCCGUUCUGGUGGAGACCCUUGCUGUGGGUUUGGGGGGUUGUGUCUUUUCCUGACUGCCUCAGAGCUUGGGAAACAGGAUUGGGACGGAUGCAGUGCUACAGUUUAUUCUCUAAGCAUUCUACAGAAUUACUUUCCACAUUUGCGUAUGUAAGUACAUUGAUAUGUCUAUGGAAACUGUAGUGAAAACAAGCUGCUGCCAUUUUUAGAGUGUUUCCAUAUGUGAGAGAACAUGGCAAUAAAGAAAAAGGCUUUGUGGAAGCAAUUUGAAAUAAAAAUCCUGAGAUCACAUAUAAGAGGUCCCUGGGAUCUCGCUACUUUACUUUAAUGAAAUCUGGGCCAGAUCCAGAUGAUGAUGUCGCAAGAAGGCCAGUACUUUGUCUCCUAUUGAACAACCAGUUUGUGAUAUGUUCUUGUUUUGUGAACAAAAUGAAUCCAAGCACUGAAGACAGAGGUAGCUCAGAAUUCAGUGUUUCACAAAGAAUGCACAUUUUGUGAUCCAAAAUCUUUGUUGUCGCACCUGGUAAUCCAGCCUCUCCUCCUCCUUGCUGAAUAAAAAGAGAUGCUCAUCUAACUUGAAACAUGUCGAGCUCAGAAGAUGCUUGCACCUGGGUGGGUUGCCCUGGCAGAUAUCUAUCUGCUGAUCUCUUAACACCUCUAUGUACUUCUAGUCAUUAGUAUACAGCUGCAGAUUCUUUAUAAAAGGUAUUUUAGUUCCCAAUCUGGUUUAACCUGGAGUGCAGUUGUCACAUAGAUUUUCCAGUCUUUUGCCUUGCAAACUUUUUCCUUGGAAUGUACACUACAGCCCUAAGAGGGGAUUCAGUGAUGAACAGGCAAAGAUCAGAGCAUGAGCCUUUGUAGACAACCUGCAAAUCCUCACUGUGGCAAUUGGUCUGCACUGAAAUGAUGAGACAGGUUGUGCCUGGCAGCAGGAGAUGCAUUUCAGCCCAGGCAGUUGGGAGUCUCCCAGGUUGUGUUUAUAAGAGCCUCAUUCCUGCCUGGUCUCUUGUCCAUAGAAAAGCUAAUUUCAAACUAAGCAUAUAGUUUGAAAUAAGCCAGGAGAAUGAGUCCACAGGCCGUGCAAACCAUGAAAAUCAGUAAUUGCUUAUUACCUUCUAUUUCAUUAGCAAGAAUGGAGACUUUUUAACCAUUUGUAGUUCUCAUAGAGCCUUGUUGGAUGAAAGUUUCUGGUCUGCUAGAAAUACAGGCCGGGGCAAGGUGGCUGUCUGAACAGAAGGCAGGAAUGGCUUGCUGUUCUGCUGCGUCCAUUUUGCAGGACUGAAAUGGUAGAGAAAUCCAUCCAUCACAAUGGAUCGCUCCAGCACAAGGGAAGGGAAUUGGUGGGAUAAAGCCAACGCCGUUCAGCCUUCUCUGUGGCAGUUUGUGCUGCCCGUGUCUCUCGUAAGGGGGGUGUUGUUCUAGCGGGCUUUUUAAUAGGGACAACUGAUCCAACACAAGCACUCCUUGAAUUCUAACAAGCUGUUACCUGGACGAAUGGAGAGCCGUGCGGCUGAAAGAGGAGCGCCAGAUGGGCUCCGCGCUCGGGCUGCGCGUGUAGCAGAUGGCAGCUGCGGGCUGGGAGGCGGCGAGCGAGGGUGAAGGCUGCCCUCUGCUGUGCGGCAUCACCGCGGCUCAGAGCCGCUCAGCUCGCUUCCUCCUCCCGGGUUCUGGUUCUUCUUUUCCAUGGAAAAAAAAAAAAAAAAGCUUUCUCAGCACGAGCUGUAUUUCAAGGAGAGAAGCAGAGGGGGAAAGAUGGAUGAAAUGUGUUGAGGGAAAAGCCAGUGGAUGGGUUUUCCAUCUGAAAUUAAUCUUGGCUCUCUUGACUAUUUUAACUGUGCAUCGGUGGAAGCUAUUGCUUUCUGGAGCAAAAGCCAAAAAAAAAAAAAAAAAAAAAAAAAAAAAAAAAGGAAUAUAAAGAAGAAAUAGCAUUUUCCUUUUUAGUUUAUUUCCCAAUUCUUCAGUCUGUGUAAAAUUCUUCAGUCUGUGUAAAAAACAAUAGCAAGAUCAGGACGCUUGGUUGCUCCAAAUUACUGCAGCUAUCCCAAAUCUAAACACUUUGUAUGUGCACAUAAUGCCAUCCUUCCUUCUUGCUCCACGUUUGGAAGCUGAAAUUACUGUACCAUUUUGUAAUUAGAAAUGUAAAGAGGGGACAGCGGGUGGGAGGGUCUGUUCUAUCUAUAGCAAGAUGUUCCUUGUAUUUAGUGAACACUUCAAAUGGUUUUGUACUUGUCAAGAUAUACAUUCCAUCCAUUUCCAGAAGAGAAUUACUUUUAUUUAGAGUAGUUUAUAAGCAAACCAAAACAAAUUGUGGUGUCCUAUUUGGACGCAGCUUAUGAACAGAGCAGAAGUAUUCUGGUUUCGAGUGAUGGCUCCAAUGUUUUUUUCCAGCAACAUCUCCUCUCGCAUGCUGCAGAGCCACACCAGCAAAUGCCAAUGUUCAAAAGGGAGUGGAGAAAAAAUGAAUGAAUACCAUAUGCAUCAGUGCACAGCUUGCCAAAGUAAUUUCCAGUUGGGAAACAACGUUCUGUAUCCGUGAGGUUCUCAGAGGCGGUCGGUCCUGCAGCAGGCGACAGGACAGGGUGUGCUGCAGCUCUGCCUCUCCCUGCAGCUGACAGCCUGAGAAACCUGGGGCACAGGGCGAGAGCAUCACACUCACACACUGCAUCUCAGCAUCUGUGGGGCCGUAGGGAUGGGGACGCGGUUUUGGCCGAAGCCGUUCUGCAGGUACUGGCGCUGCACUGGUUUUGUUUGAGUGGGAAUUGGGGUUGGGAAGCAGCUAGUGAAAGGCUGUGACAAAAUCACACUGUGGCGUUUGCAUAGGCAGCUCUUUUGCUUCCCAUCAGCUUUUUUUUCUGGUCCUCCUACCUGUGAAUGUGCUGCCAAAACGGCAGUAGCAGUUUGUGAAGCGAGCCUUUUUUCUAGGUUUACUUUCUGUAUCGCAUUGCAAACACAGCUUAACUCUUUGCUGACAUUUUAUGAUGUGUACACCUUCCCUUCCGAUGCACUUUAGCUCUCUUGAAAAAAAUGUGGGAGUCGGAAGCACCAUCCUAAAGGGAUUUGCCUGCAAUCAUGAGGCACGCGCUUUUCUUUCCUUUUCAUCUUGCUUUGUUAUAUACUGUAAAUGCUAUAGAGCAUGGACAGUGACUCAGCUGGGGGAAGUACUGAAACAUUAAGGGUAAUAUUUGGAAGCGUUAUUCAGUAGUACAACACGGCUAUUUUUGUUAUAUAGAAGAUUAUAAUGUAAAUAUGUGAGACUGUGUUAUUAUGUACUAGUAAAAUAUUGCAACUAUCAAAGUUAAGAUUGUGAAUUUCAAGGAAUUUUAUUGCAAGUUUUUUAAUAAAAUGAAUCUGAUGACCGUG